GUCUAAAUUAGUUGCAAACGUAAAUUUACAUUAAAGACAGUUUUAAUGUGACAAUAUUACAAUAUACAUUUUCAAUUAGAAUUAGGACCGGACUGAUCCUGCUGGAAAAUCCAGUCAUCUCCGUAUAGGUCUUUAGAAAAGACUUUUUCUCCGUAUCCAAAUGCUACUCAAAUUAUCAAGGAUCCUCAUAUCAGUAGGUCAGCCGGUUCGCUUAUUCUUCCCGCAAUUUUUUUGCAUUUCUGUGGAAAUUGGAUUCUCUAUUUCAUGUUGACUCUGGCAUCAGUAAAGGUUUUAUUUGAAGCUUCAUACAAUCCUAUGACUUUGAUUCUUUGCCGACAAGGGCAAUCCACGAGUCAUUCAAGAUUGUUGUACUUAAAUAUAAUGUAAAAUAAAAAUGCAAAGUAAACUCGAACUUUUGGCCAUGCAUUAAAGCUCAACAUUAUCAGAAUUGUCCUAAGAACGAUGUCCUAAGAGAAGACGUGAACAAUAAUUAAAAAUGCAUUGCAAAUAUUCGAUUCUAUUGGGAGUUGCUCUAAUGACGUAUCACAUUCUACAGAUUACUGCCCGGGUGGAGUUUACUAAUUUAAAAUGCGUAUCCCUCGAUAAAACAUUUUCAGACUUUGAAUACUGUCAGAUCAAAGCCGUCAAUCGCUCUUACAAAUAUUUCGAAUUGAAAAUUCAACUUUUCAAAGUUCCGGUCUCAAAUGUUACUGUAAAUGUGGCUCUUAUGAAACGUUUGAAUGGCUAUAAGCCAUUUCUUUACAACGUCACUUUCGAUGCAUGCAAAUUUAUAAAAUCCACAAAUAAGAAUCCGGUGAUUAAUUAUUUCUACGGCUUUCUUAGUAAGCAUUCAAAUAUUAAUCACACAUGUCCGUUUAAUAACGAUCUGCUGGUUGACAAGGUAUCCAUCGAAUUUGUCAAUUAUCAAGUUGUGAAGGUUUUGCCCUUUCCGGAAGGAGAUUAUGCCGUCUUUACCAAUUGGUAUGCCUAUGAUAUAAAUCGGGCAGAUGUUCGACUUUAUCUUACCUUAGCUUAACUUAUUAAGUUAACCAACUUUCGAUGGCAAAUCUACAAA